AUGGUCGAUAAUGUUAAAGUUAACUACCAGUCCGAUGAAGGGAGCGAUGAAAGUGGGACGAAGUACGUUUUAAACCAUUUAGUGGAUACGCCAAGUGACGAAAAGCACAUACCAAUGCCACGAAUAGAAAAAGAUAUAUCAUUUAACCGUUAUUGUCCUCAUUGCAAUUUGAAUUUCGACGAUAAAGAGGAAUAUGAGCACCACAAUAUUGAAAUGCACGCUCAAAAAAAGACUUUAACGUGUGAAUAUUGUCAAACAGUUUUCCGCCGCCAAGAUCAUCUAAAGCGUCAUAUACAUAGCUUGCAUUUGAGUCAAAAAUACUAUGUUUGCCCAGUAUGUGAAAAAGAUUGUAAAAGACAAGAUGCAAUGUUGAAGCAUAUCAAAAAUAAACAUUCCUCAGAGAAGGAGAUCUUUCACUGCCGAGAAUGCCCGUUUAAAUGUAACAAGAUGACAAUACUGGAAAAGCAUGAGUACACUCAUCUAUUAAAAGAUAGGCACACUUGCCCUCAUUGUAAUACAUCUUUUAAACGGAGAGAUCAUAUGGUUAGACAUAUUAAGUCUCAACAUCUGAACGAGCUUGUAGUGUGUCCUAUAUGUCAGCAGACUUACAAAAGGAGAGACCAUGUAGUCAGGCAUGUUAGAGAGAAGCACAAAAUGGGGUAUUUAAAUGGAAAACUAGUUAAAUCUGAAGAUAUAAUCUAA